AUGAAUGCGUCCCUCGGUGCAAAGCUAGGGUCAAAGCACACAAGUCCGAGCAUCAAGAAGGAUAUCGACAUACUCAUGAAUUCCUUGCGGCACCAUCGUGUUUACGAGGUCAUUCCCGGCCGCACAAUUGACGAUGAUCGACCUGUCGUCCCCGACGCAUUGACACUUGGGCUAGAGAAUCUUGAAGGGCCACUCGAAGACUUCAAUCAGACCUUUUCCAAGCUCCAAGCCCGCUGUCGGACCACGCCUCUUGUGGGCGGCAAGUAUCCGGGUCAGACAGUCGCGUCGAGUCUGGCCUCGGAGACUGUUUCACGGACUGCUGGGCCGAGCGAUGUAGGUCGAGCAGUGCCGAGCAGCUCGGAGCUUCGUGGUGGUGCGCUGGAUGGCAUGCAACGCGGCGACGAGAACAGAGAUAGUGACAUCGAAGAAGACGACGACGACGAGGAUAGCGAUGAAGAGGAAGAAGAAGACGCACAGCCCCAGGACAUCAUGUUCUCGCUUGACACCGCGGGCGAUGUAGCACUCGAUCCUGACCGUGUUGGCGACUUCGAGUUUGGUUCCUGA